AUGGCUCUUGGCAAUUUGACGAAGUCGGCGCCGAAGAAGGAGGAGGCUAUCCUAGCCGCUGAGGAGGCGCCAGCAUUCGAGAGAGUCAGCUGGACGAGGGAUCCCGGCUUGAGGAAGCUCUACUUCUACGCUUUCGUACUUUGCAUCGCUUCUGCCACCACUGGAUACGAUGGCUCGUUCCUCAACUCCGUACAGGUCUUCGAGACAUGGAAGGGCUACUUCGGCAACCCCACGGGCUCUCAGUUGGGUCUUCUGGUUGCUCUGUACCAGAUUGGUAGCAUUGUCUCGAUCCCCAUCGUACCUGUGAUUGCCGACAGAUUUGGGCGAAAGAUACCAAUCAUAAUUGGAUGCGUUAUCAUGAUCGUGGGUGCCAUUGUCCAAGGUACUGCAACGGGCCUUGGAGCAUUCAUGGGCGGCCGUGUUUUGAUGGGUGUCGGAAACAGCUUGGCUCAGGUUGCCUCUCCCAUGUUGCUGACCGAGGUCGCACACCCCCAACACCGUGGUCGUCUCACGGCCGUCUACAACUGCCUGUGGAAUGUCGGUGCCAUCUUUGUCACAUGGCUAUCAUUCGGCACCAACUACAUUCCCAACAACUGGUCAUGGCGUAUCCCGGCCAUCCUUCAGGCCUUCCCCUCUGUAAUCCAGAUCAUCUUCAUCUGGUGGGUUCCCGAGUCGCCGCGGUACCUUAUGGCCAAGGACAAGCAUGAGAAAGCGCUCGAGAUUCUUGCUCGCUACCACGCCAACGGCAACGUCAACCACCCUACCGUUCAGUUCGAGUACCGCGAGAUCAAGGAAACCAUUAGGCUGGAGAUGGAAAGCAAGAACAACAGCAGCUAUGCCGAUUUCCUCAAGACAAAGGGAAACCGUUACCGACUAGCGGUCCUGCUGUCUCUUGGUCUCUUUUCCCAAUGGUCUGGCAAUGCCAUCAUUUCCAACUACUCAAGCGUCCUGUAUGAGCAGGCCGGUGUCACAGACUCGAACUCCAAGUUCGGUCUUGCUGGUGGUCAAACCAUCCUCGCCCUCAUCGUCUCCGUAUCCAUGGCCACACUCGUCGACAGGUGGGGUCGACGACCGAUGUUCCUCAUCUCGACCGGGGGUAUGUUCGUGGUGUUCGUCUUCUGGACGCUGUGCGCGGGCCUGUACGGCGAGCACCGGACCCACGGGGCCAACUACGCCAUGAUCUUCUUCAUCUGGCUCUUCGGCUUCUUCUACUCGAUCGCGUGGUCGGGUCUGCUGGUCGGGUACGCGAUCGAGAUCCUGCCGUACAAGCUGCGCGCCAAGGGCCUCAUGAUCCUCAACAUCAUGAUCCAGGCGGCGCUGUGUUUGAAUGAGUACGCCAACCCCGUGGCGUUCAAGGCGUUCGGCCAGGACCACUCGUGGAAGCUGUACAUCAUCUACACGUUCUGGAUCUUCAUCGAGCUGUGCUUCGUCUACUUCAUGUACGUCGAGACCCGCGGCCCCACGCUCGAGGAGCUGGCCAAGGUCAUCGACGGCGAGGACGCCAAGGUCGCCCACCUCGACCUCGAGCAGGUCGAGAAGGAGGUCGCGAUCGAGACCCACGACGUUCCCCACAAGGUCUAG